CAGUCCAUCCGUCGCGCAGCCACCCGCACCACCCUGACCAGCUCGGUCACCGCCGCUGCUGCGCCCAAGUCGCAGAACGUCUUCUUUGCUUUGCGCGCCGUCAACGCCGCCGCCGUCAGAUCCUUCUCCGUCGCGGCCCCGAGAGCGUUCUCACGCUCCAUUGCAUUCCGUCAAGAGCAGCGGGAUGGAUUCGUCCGCCCAAACGAGCAGGGACGUCAGAGAGAACCCGAGCCCAGCCAAAAUGUUCUUUUCGUCCAGAACUACUCUUUCGACAUCAAAGCCGAUGAACUGAGCGAGGCUUUCUCAAAGUAUGGCGAGGUUGUCGGCGUUUCGAUGCCUCAGAGAAAGAGCUAUUGUUUCAUCUACUACAAGGACGCCGAGUCCGUCAAGGACGCUGCCGACAACGUCGAUGGAACCUUCUGGCACGGCCGCCGUAUCGUCGCCAAGGCUCGUGAUGGAAGUUCAGAGGGCCGCACCAGCAGGGGCAAGAUGGCUAGGCCGCGUAUUUACGACGGCCCUGCUACAUCCACCCUCUACAUCGGCAACAUCUCCUUCGAGGCCUCGGACGCGGACAUGAACAACCUUUUUGCUAGCCUCAACGACGUCAGAGACGUUCGCAUCGCCGUGGACCGCGCGACGGGCUGGCCGCGCGGCUUCGCGCACGCCGACUUUCACUCCGUCGAGGCGGCGACGGCGGCCAAGGAUAUCCUCAACAACACCGAGAUGCACGGCCGCAAGCUGUCCACCGGUUUCGCCCCCCAGUCCAGGGACAACCGCUCUCGCGAACACGGUGGAGAGCGCCGCCCGAGAAACUCGCAGAAACAGGUCGAGGAGCGUGUCGAGAGCGAGCACGCCCAAGCCGAGGAGGCGCAGAAGGAGCAGAAGCCCGAGGCUGGUCAGCAGCAGAACAACUGGAACGCCUAA